AUGGCAAUCUUGAUCCUCUCUGAUACAGAUUCAUCCUCCUCCUCUCCUUCCUUCCCCUCCUCCCCUUCCUCCCCAACCAUCCUCCAGCGUAUCGCCGUCCAGGCUCGCCCCCGUCACUCCAACAAGCGCGAGACCGUGCAGCUCAGCCGCCUCCUUCUCUCGCAGCUCUUCCACCUCCGCCAGCAAGAGGCGGCCCAUCACCUCGGCAUCUCCCUCACCUCCCUCAAGACGGCCUGCCGGAGGCUGGGGCUGGAUCGAUGGCCCUACACGCGGGAUCGCAGCAGCAGCAGCAGCAGCAGCAGCAGCAGCGACGACGCGGGGGAGGCCCAGACCUCAGUCGACCGCGCGGCUCUCGACCAGGCGUCGGAGGCCCAGGAGCCCGAGCCCGCCAGCUCGCCCGCCUCGGGCGACCAAGCGCGACCAGGCGAGACGAUGAUGGAGGCGCUGUUCGGAGGAGGGGAGAUCUCGCUGGACGUCGGGGACGUGGGGACGGAAGAGGAGGACUGGCUGUCGUCAGUGUGGGACUGA